AUGGCAACAACGCCAGGAGUGACCGAGGUGGCUAUCACAUUCCAUAAUGAGCAGUGGACGGCGGAGGUAGCGCGGCUGCUGCUGGAGGUGGACGAGGGCUGGGUGGGAUACCGUGACGAUUUUUCUUGGAGCUGGAACGAUGACACGUACACAGUGUACGCGGCUAUUUGCGAAGAGCGCGGCUGGAAGUGCACCUCACUCGAGGCGAGUGUGGCUAUGCUCCAAGCGUUACGCACAGGCGAAGUCAGUAUGAAACUUAGCGACUCGACGCACAGCUCCGAUGGCUACGCACAAUGGUCGCUCACUGAGAUGCGCGUGGUUGGGUCUCAGAUGCGGGACAUCGUCGACGGCAAGAGCCCAACAGUGCGCUGGUCGGCGCAACUCGCAGUCUUCGUGGAAGUCAUGAAGGUCAGAGAUAAAACGUACGCUUACCAUGACCGCACGGUCGAGGACUUCGCCUACCGUGCGGGGAAAUUCAUACCCGAAGCGAUCCGGCUGCAAAUCGAUCCAAAACAGACGAAUGGCAAGGAACUGCUGUGCGUUCUGCUACGACAAUGCGUUCGGUUCAAGUUCUUAAGAGGCCAGUCGACUUAG